GACAGGGGUGGCCCCAGGUAGUCAGAUCAGAUCAAGGUGUGCAGCACAUGCUGAAGCUACCAGCGUAUGUUUUCCUCGCGCAGAGAUGCACUGCAGGGCGGCUUUUCCUCAAAUGGCGCGGGUUAAGGCAAAUGAACGAGUACCACUGGCACAGUGGAAAGUUGGCGAAGCAAUUGCCACGGGAUUCUUUUUUCUUCUCACUGGGCCCAUGCUGCUUCAGUACAUGUUCACUCUUUUCUGGUCAAAAAGUUUAAGGUCAGUGCAAGAGUGGCAUCUUGGUAGAUUAUCUUAGGGCUUGGAGCUGGCUGGGAUAUUCAAAAGGGGUGCGAAAUUAAAUUGGCAUUGUUUUUCUUUUUUGGCAAAAAAAGAAUUGCCCUCCAUUCAAAAGUCCAGCGGAACUAAGCUCGUAAGGUGCAAGUUUUUGAAACAGGCCGCACGUUUCGACUUUUUGAAAAGCAAAGUUGUGCCGAUGCAUGGCACGCACGAUUCUGGGUGGAGACUUAUGGCAAUCUAAAACUUUUGCAACAAAGCUGUAUCUAAUCAAUAUGUGUAAAGAUCACUGGCUGAGUCGCACUUUGUUCAAGAUGUACAUGUUCAAUCUGAGCACGAUCGACUUUGACUCGGCUCAGCUGAGAGUGGAUUAGCACCAUUUUAAAAGCCCUGGCCGUUUGAAGAGUUCAAAAUCUUUGCGGGAGCCAGCUUUGAAACAAGUGCCUGGAUCCAGAAUUAUGGCCAAAGGGGUUGCGGGGGAAUGCGCUUCAAAAUUGGCAAACGUUGUAAAAAAAAUCAUGGGUCUGAAUCAGUUGCAGCCAGUUCCUUGUUUGGGCACCCGCACUGGAUGCCAGUUUCCUAGCGCACCAAAAAAGACUCGAAGUGAAACCCCGGUAGCUUCUUGUUGGGGUUUUGCGGGCGUAUCAAGUUUCAGCUCACUCAUCAAUGGCAUUCAUCAUCAAAGAUCAUCCUCUUAGGUAGGCACCAGAACUGCUGCCACAACGGUGCUCCAAUGCCUGACACCGCAGGGUCAGUGGCCGGUGGAGCUGACGCUCCGAGAUUGGAUCAAGCAAGCACUAAGCAGCACUCAUGUGGCCUUCUCAGCGCCAGUGGUGCGUGCAGUGUUAGGCGGUCUCGUUCGUCAUGCCAGCUGGGAAAUUGGAGCAGUGCGAUGCUGCCUAGUCAUACUGUCAUAACAUGCCGCUGAUGCUGAUGCUGAUGGCCUGGGGACCAUUUUCUGCAUCCAACACCUCAUGAUUCGUGACAUCGGCAGUGCGCCGGUCAAACACCAGACCGAUGAUGUUGCCCAAAAAAAGCCAUGAUGAAAUUGUUCAAUCCAUCAGCCCAUAUCUGUCAGUUCAUUAUGCUGUGCUUCGGUUGACCAGUCAAGGCUCCCUUUGCAUGGUGCCCUUCAAGUGGUUGGACCUUCUGAAAAGGGGACCAACGAACAACCAUUGUUGAGGACACUCCAGCACACCGAUAAUCAUGCGCAUGACAUCUCAGCCUGAGUGGCAAGCAAUGGCACAUAACUGCCGUGAUUUCCAGCACCCAAACCGACAUUUCGCAGCCAAGCCCACUGAAACAUGCCUUCUGUGGCGUGCUCCACUCAACCCAUUCCAAGUCGCACCCGAGAUCUGGCCCAGAACAGAUGGCUGACUGCAUCUGACUCUGAUAGAUCUGACAGAUCUGAGAAUCUGAUAGAUGCGCAUCCUGCGAGUGAUGUGCUGCUUGCUAGCGUGGCGGAGCAAAAUAUGGCACGGCCACAGCUGCAGCUCUUAAGGCGCAGCCCUCAAAGUUGUUGAAAGAUCGGAUUGAAGGUAGAGGAGCAAAAUGAAAUGCAAACAGCUUGGAGCACAACAGAAGUUCUUCUUGGCUGCAAGCGCAGAGUCGCUUUACGCAUUCUUUCUUCUGUUUUCAAGCAUCCUCUGCACCAACACGAUAAAGACCAGGCCGAUUUGAAGCACUUGAAAAAACUCUGCAGGCCGUGCCCCAAGGCUUUACGAAACCGGUGGAUCUAGCAGCACUUAUGGCGCUCCUACAAUCACACCUGUCAAAACAAUAGCAGCAAACUCUGCAUCAAAACUCAACAAAGGCAGGGGGACUUCUGGUCUCGUCUCAUACCUCUCCGACUCAAUUGCUUGACUGCAUGACUCCAUCUGAGAUUUUCGGACAAGAAAAGUUUCUCUUGGCUGCAAGCGCAGAAUCGCUUUAUGCAUUCUUUCUUCUGUUUUCAAGCCUCGGGCCGAUUCGACCGUCGGGAGGCUUCAGUGACUUGCAAAAACGUCAGGAUUUUGAAGGCCGUGCUCCAAGGCGUCACAAAACCGUUGGAUUUGGCACUUGUGGCUCUCCUACAACCAUCCGUUUCAAACAAAAUUCCCGGCUGCUAUUUUUCAAAACUAGACCAUCAACCACAAGGCGGAACGAUCAAUACUGUAUUCUGCGCCUGUCUGACCAAUGCAAAGGGAAAUGCUGGUCUCGUCUCAUACCUGUCUAAAUCAGCUACAUGACUGCAUGACUCACGUUUCAAACAAAAUCUUCGGAUGCUUUUAUUAUUGCAUUCUGUGCGUGUCUGCCCAAUGCAAGCGGAAAUGGCGCUCUCCGCUCAUACCUCUCCAAAUCAACCGCUUGAACAUAUGAUUCCAUCUCAACUUUUGGACAACGAAGUUUUUCUUGGCUGCAAGCGCAGAGUCGCUUCAUGCAGUCUUUCUCCUGUUUUCAAG